AUGAAAGCUGAUGAUAUAAUGAAAUUGCACAUCAAAGAGCAACCAAGGAAGAUUUCCUAUCUAGAUGAAACUAAUUCGAAACCACCUUCAGAACUAGCUAAAACAAAGGGUGCCCCUAAAAAGGUUAAACCGACACAAAGUGAUAACUCCACGAGACAAUCUCUUUCAUACUUUGAACAUGUUGACUCACACUUUCCGGAUUCUCCAACUCCAAAAUCCCAAAAGAGUGUUUUCAAGGAUGCUCGCAUUAUCAAACCAUCUACCUCACCACCAUCACCAAAAAUAUCCAUAAUGAAGAAAUGCUGCUUUUUUAUGCACAAAUACAUUGAGCGGGUUAAAAAUGUUGGAGGAGGCGACAACUGUGGUUUUCGAGCUGUUUCAGGUUUGUUUAAGAAGGGAGAUGAUGACUACCAAUUUGUAUGUUUUCAUCUUAUACAAAAGAUUAGGACACAUAGAGAAUCAUACAUAAAGCUAUACUUGAACAAAGCAAAUUACAAUGCAAUUCUCAAUGUUCUAGUUCCUUGUUUUAGUGGUACGGCUCCGUUCGAUAAAUGGAUGCGCUUGCCAAAAAUGAGACACCUUAUAACAAGUGCUUAUGAUAGGGUGUGUAUUGCUUUAACACGAUAUGGUUUCUCAGAAACAUUCCUUUCACUUAGGAGUAAGCCACCUCAAAACCCAUCUGAACACAUCAUAUGUAUAGGUUGGUUAUCAAAAACACAACAUUUUUCAUAUUUAUUUGUAAUCGGGAUGUCCUAUACCAUAGACAUCACUGGAGAGGAUGACACAUUUCACACAAGAUGUUGA